ACUACCUUUUAGGGAUCCUUUAUCACCCCAGCGCUAUUCAUGUGUUUUAGUGAAUGCAAUGACAGAUUGCGAGAGAUAUCUGCUGAAAUAUUUGUGAAUUUUGACAAAGUGUUUAUGCCGUGCUACGGGAGGUGGCUAUAAUUAAUAUUUGCAACUAAAUAAAUUCAUUAAUCUUAAAUCUUAACGUAUAUAUUAAUCAUGUGGGCGGUAGCAUCAUCAAGGUUUGUCCUUCAAAGCUGCUGGAAUCUUUCAAAUCUAAAAUCUUCCUUGAGUCGAAUACAGAAUCUGUCACAAACAGCAUGCAAGAAUACAGUAAUUGUUGAACGCUGUUGGAAGGUUCCUUUAUCAAAGGAAGGAAAGCCAGCCAGGCUACAUCCACGUCGACACAGAGUGUACCGCAUGGUUGAGGACAGAAAACACAAUUCCGAAGAUAAAAUGGAGCUCAUCCUCUCCCAGACCGUGCCCAAGCUUGGUGGACGAGGCGACACAGUUUUUGUGAAAAAAUCAUUGGGCCGCAACAAAUUGCUACCCCAAGGCCUGGCUGUCUACCCUUCACAGGAAAAUAAAGACAUGUUUGCAGAGGAAAUAAGGCUUCUGCGUGAGGGACGGCCAGAGGACCGAGUCCAGACACGCACAGGACAGCUAACUGUUGAAUUCCUGAAGAAAACACAGCUUGAAGUUGCCAUGCACACUUCAGUUCAGUACUCGCUCACAAAAGAGAUCGUCUGCAGACAGUUUCUUAGACAGCUCGGUGUGGUUGUGCCGAUUCAUGCCUUGACUCUUCCAGAAGAACCAGUCACAGGGCCUGGAGAGUACUGGUGUGAUGUCACGGUGAACGGAGUGGACACGGUCAGGGUGCCCAUGCCUGUGGUGCCGUAUGUGGAGCCCAGCCAACUGAUGCUGAUGAAGAAGCAACAAAAGCAAGAACAGUCCGAUUCGGAAUAGUGUUUUCUUUGCUGAAUGCAACUUGGAGAAUAUACACAAGGAAUUUGUACAAAUAAAAUGAUUGUUUAUUUC